AUGGGCCCUGAUAGGCCGGGAUCUCCGACGCUGCUGGAGAAACUGGACGAGAUGGUGCCUGCACCGCUAGCCCAGUUCGAUGCAUUUCCCAAGCUUCCGUCGACUUACAAGACACGCUCUGAAUCUCGUGGUUUUCUCACCCUCUUCGUUGCUUUCAUCGCUUUCUUACUGGUCCUGAAUGACCUUGGGGAGUACAUCUGGGGUUGGCCCGACUACGAAUUCAGCGUCGAUCCUGAUGCUUCCAGUGACUUGAACAUUAAUGUGGACCUUGUAGUCGCGAUGCCUUGCCAAUUCCUUAGCAUUGACUUGCGAGAUGCCGUCGGCGACCGUCUAUAUUUGAGCAACGGGUUCAGGCGGGAUGGUACCAAAUUCGAUAUCGGACAAGCGACGAGCUUGGAUGAGCAUGCGGCCAUGCUGUCUGCACAGCAGGCGGUAGCCCAGUCGCGCAAGUCUCGCGGUCUGUUUUCAACGUGGUUCCGGGGAGGGGGCUCCCAGUACAAGCCGACAUACAACCACCAGAAGGAUGGGAGUGCUUGCAGGAUCUACGGCACGAUCACGGCGAAGAAGGUGACUGCGAAUCUACACAUUACGACUGUCGGACACGGGUAUGCGAGUAAUCAACACGUUGAGCAUAAGCUGAUGAACCUAUCCCAUGUUAUCUCGGAGUUCUCUUUCGGGCCUUUCUUCCCUGAGAUCACUCAACCAUUGGAUAACUCGUUCGAGCUGACGUAUGAUCCGUUCGUUGCUUACCAGUACUAUAUCCAUGUUGUACCGACAACGUACAUUGCUGCACGGUCCGCCGCGCUGCAAACACACCAAUAUAGCGCCACCAACUACAUGCGUAAGAUGAACAGUCACCACGGCACACCUGGCAUCUUCUUCAAAUUCGAUAUGGAGCCGCUUAGUCUGACAAUACACCAGCGCACAACCUCGCUCGUGCAACUCAUGAUUAGGCAAGUUUCCAGAGUCAGGGCCCUAGUCAUCUCCGCUGACAUACUUGAAAUGACCAGGUGCUGCGGGGUAAUCGGCGGCGUGUUUGUGUGCAUGGGCUACGCGGUCCGUAUAACAUCUCGUGCUGUGGAGGCUGUCGCCGGCCCAGACAAGACCCAGGGCAUCGUGGCGGCCGAAGCGUCCGGUGUCGGUGUCGGCAUCCGCAAGCGGCUCGGAAGCGCAGACCUGAGGCUGCGCCCAGGCUCGAGUCCCGGCGGCAACGUCAUGCGGCAGGGUGCCGGCUGGGUUGUCGAGGGCGGCAGCCCGUACGGAAGCUACGCCAACACGCCGGUCUCAGGCGGGUUCGCUAGCCCGGCGAUACCCAGUUACGCCGCCUCGCCGUACGCCAGUCCGGCACACAGCAGGAACACGUCGGGCCUCGGGCUCGGGAUCUCGUCGCCAUCCUUCGGCCCGCCCUCGGGCUCGCCCACCCCACGCACAGCACAUGUUGGUACCCCAGGUGUCGCGUAUCCCUUCCCGACGGCGGCGACUGCAGGCUCGCCGUACCUCGGCGCAACGUCCAUGCCGUCGACCCCGGGCACGUCGGGCAACGGGUUCUAUGCGCAUUUCCCGCCCACGCCGAACACGGCGAAUGGGGCUGGCGCGGGCUUCCCUCGCUCGCCUGCAAUGGCUGCAACUAACUUCGCCGCACAGCAGAGCCUGCCUCCGCCGCGAAGAGAGAGCGGGCUGCGGCAUACGAGCGUUGACAGUCCGAAGGCGAAGGAUGAUUGA